AUGGGUGAUUCGUUGCAGUUAAGUUGCUUGGCGCUGGAAAAUAGCGUUGGCAUUCUUCAGGGGACUUUAGAUCGUCUAAAACAACAAGGUACGCACAGUACAAGACUAAGAAACACGCUUCUAGAGCCUAAAAGAGUAUUUGAGUUGGUUUCAGAAUAUGAUUUGCAACGUGCGAGAUUGGACUUAAUUGAAGACGUUGAGCCUGUAGUGGAUAAGUUAUGCAGCAAGCUUGAAAAGUCUCUUAACAAGCUCGAAAGAGAAAGAUCUACACUGCAGCAGACUUAUGAAUUGAACCAGCUGCGGUUAAAUAAUAAGUUUAGCACUGCAAGUAGGCGUUUCGGUGGAUCAAAGAGGUUUCCAGUUGUUAUGGGGACUACAACUAAGGAGGAACUUGACCGUCUGCGACAAUUGAAGAGCAGAAAACAAGCACUUGCUCGUGAACUGGAAGAACUGCAGGCGCAAGAAGAUAGCUAG